AUGGCGCUGCUGCAGUACCAGUUCCUGAUGGCCAAGGCUGCGGAGUACCGAGCCAUCGCCGCGAGGCAGGCGAUGAUCGCGAACGCGCGCUUGGGGGGGUUUCCGACGUUCGACCCCUCAUCGACGACGCACCUCACGAACGUGGAGAAGGUUCGGCAGAUUCGACAAACCCGUUCGGGAGUUCGUCUCCUGCAGCAGAUGCAGGCGCAGCAGAUGCUCGUCCAACAGGCGCGCCCCGAGGCGUCGCACGCGCGGCUCGUCCAGCAGCCGGAACCCGCGCCUCGCGCGGGUUCCUUCGACGACUGCACCGUCGCCAGGGUGCUGCAGGAUCUCAAGGAAGAUUCCCCCACGCACUCGGGCGACGGCGCGCGUCUCGACCCCGACUCCGAGGACGAGGCCGCGGAGGCGUGCCGCGCCGCCAGAGAGGAGCAGAGAGCCGCGCUCCUGCUCAGGUCGCAUCCGGCGCAUCAGUCCGCGGCGCACCCUCGCGCGUACGUCAAGCGGCACGAGUUCUGGGCGCGUCAAGCGGCCGAGUCCGGUGGGUUGGACCCCUCAGGGUUCGGUACGUCGUACGCCUCGGAGAUUGAACGCGUCCUCGGGAAGAGGCGAAGGGGGCCCGGCGACGACGAGUGCGACGGGACGGACCACUCGAGCGGCGACGACGCCGACGGCUUGAUUAAUAAUUUGAGCCGAAAAGGAAAGUCGGAGCCCGAUUUCGACGCGGACCUUCGAAUGAGUUCGAAAGUUCGGAGCGACGACGACGCCAAGGACGAGCUCGCCAAGGAAUGGGCGGCGCUCACGACCUGGAUCCGCAUGAACCUCCACCAGCCGCGCACGAACAAGCGCAAGGUUCUCUUCGUGGGACACCACCCGAGGCUGCACCCGGUGCCGGGAGCGGAGGCGGCCAUCGCCGAGAGCUUCGCCGAAGGAGAGGCGACGCGAUGGCGCGGGCGUCUGGGUCCGAGCGGCGAGGUCAUCGGCGGCGGCGACAGCAGGGGCGGGGGUUCGAAUCCCGGCGGGGGCAAGCGCGCGAAGGUUUCUGACAACGGGAGCGGGGCGACGAGAAAGGGGCGAAUCGACGGGGAAGAUUUCGUCUUCGUCCUCAACCCCGAGAUCGACUGGUCCGACGUGAACAUCGACACCCGCGUUCGCAUGCGAACGCUCGUGGCGGAGACGAUGGACAUCUUCAAACGAAAGUACGCCAAGCGCAAGGAACACGAGUGGGAGAGGAAGGUGCAAAAGUACAAGCCGCCGGGCUCGCGGGAUGGACGAACGUUCAACGUGCCGCUCGGAAACGUCGUCCGGGGUAUCCAGGAGACGUUCUACAGACACGAGCCGGAGGCGAGGCGCGCGGCGCUCGAGCGCGACGAAGCCGGCGCGGCACAGCUGGCGGCGGCGGCGAAUAUUCCGGGAACGAAGCAGCCCAAGACGCCGUCGCCGCCACGCGAGCCGUGA